GGACUAAAGAGAGAAAUGGAAUCAGAAUGGGUUUAACCUUUUCAAAGUUGAGCUCCUCUUGAAGAUGCAUGGGCCUCCCAGUUUCCUCCUUCCUGUUUCUUUUCAAGAAUCAUGGGGUCUACAGUUUCCGUCACCUGGAAUGGUUUCCAGUGAUUCCGUGGAAUCCGACGAGGAAUUUGCCGCGAAUCUCGAUUAUACCGGUGAGAUUCCCGAUCAGUGCUUGGAGUACAUUUUUCAAUUCCUUGGCGCCUUCGAUUUCAAGCUGUGCUCGUUGGUGUGCAGGCGGUGGUUGCUUGUGGACGGCCAGAAGCUUAAGCGAUGAAGCGUUGGUGUUGUUGCCAGAAGGGAAGAUGGAGUGAAAACAGAGGGAGUGGAGGAAGAAGAGCCAGACUGUUUGUUUUCAUUCAUCUGACUUUCCUUUUUUUUUUUUUCCAUUCCAACUCAUAAGAGAGAGAUUGAGACCCAUAAUUAAAUUGUUCGACAGUU